CAAGAAUUGAAUGCGCGACGUCGCCUGCGCGUGGGCAGAAUGGCUUCGAUCUCGUUUGCGUUCAUCCUAUGUGUUUUAAUUGGAAGGGGUUAUGGAAUUAUACAUCAGUUAAAUGGCUCGGAGUACGCUAGAAUGCCCCCCAUCUUCCAGAUGGACCCAUUCGAAGAGUGUUUUUUCGAGCCCGGAGGGAUGUACUGCACUGUAGACUUCACGCUGGUCGCUGACUCCCCCAUUCCUCUCAUGGAUAUGAUACGGGAAUACUCCGAACCAUCAAGCAAGCGGUUCAACCACUCAAAACUGACUUACGGAAUCUGCGUGACUAAAUCUUGUACGAACCACAACUCAACGAACUUAAGGCUCAGGCUUGAGUCGUGCCUCAACGAUACUAUGUGGGAUGAAUACGGACUGAAAACCAUCGUCCCGGAGAAGUUUUAUUGCGAAGAUGGAGAGAAGACUAUGGAGGUCACUCCAGCUGGUAUCGUAGUUGCGUUCAUCGUUAUGUUUUUAUUCUUGUUGAAUUUUAUUGGGAGUUCUUACGACUUCUGUUGCAACCCGGACAAGGAUCGAGGUAUAAAGUUUCUGCUGUGUUUCUCCAUUCGCCGUAACUGGAUUAAGCUGGUGACUCCAAUAGCGGAUACCCCCGAGCCCCGAUUCAAACGUCUCAAAUCCUUCAAUGGUUUGAAAGUAAUAUCGACAUGUAUGGUGAUCUUUGCCCACUCUAUAUUCAUCGGCGCAUAUUUCGUCAACAACACAGCGUUUGUGGAGGGCGAGUACAACAAGUUGCCGUAUCAAAUCAUAUUUAACGGCACUAUAAUAGUGCAGAAUUUCUUCAUAGUAUCUGGUUUUCUGCUCGCUUACAACCUACAGCUGUAUGCGGAGAAACACGCUCUGGACUGGAAGGUCAUCGUCAAAGCUAUUGUGUUGAGAUGGUUGAGACUGACACCAGCGUAUGCCAUAGUGCUGGGCUUUGUUCUGACCUGGUACGGGCAAUUAGGAACCGGCCCUAUUUGGCAAAAAGUAGCUGGUACAGAGGUCACCUACUGCCGUGAGACAUGGUGGUACCACUUGUUCUACCUCAACAACUACCUCGACGGCUCCGAGUGCCUCUCACAUACCUGGUACUUGGCAGCGGACACCCAGCUCUAUAUCCUUGGAGUGUUGGUGUGGGUCGUUUGCGGCUCCGCCAGGAGUAGGCUGGUGGUGUUGUCCCUGCUGUUUGUUGCUGGAAUGGUCAUCCCAGCUGUCAUCACGUAUAUUAACGAUCUAGACGGUGCGGUUAUCGUGUCUCCUGAGGCGACCCGAGGCUUCUAUGUGCACGAUCAGACGUACAUCCAAGUGUAUUCGCGAGGACACACUAACAUCGCCGGUUACGUCAUAGGGAUGGCGCUAGGUUACCUGAUCCACUACACACAAGCUGCGGACUUCAACCCGCAAAAAUAUAAGAAGUACCGUGUUUGUGUAUGGCUGACGCUGCCGUUAGGGUUCAUCGUGGUGGGAGCUGGAAAGGUCUUCUAUGCGGACGAGAGAGCGUCCCUCGCAGAGAGGGUCGCAGCCGCCGCCCUCUUGAAGCCUAUCUUUGGUUUCCUAGUGGCUAUAUGCCUGGGAUCUAGCGUUUUGAAAUUCGAAAAUGUAUACCGAGGCAUCCUGGAGUGGCGUGGGUGGACGCCCCUCUCACGCGUCACCUACAGCGCUUAUUUACUACAUUAUGUCUUUGUAAAAUAUUUCAUUGGAAAUCAAGUUACACUGCUGCAUAUAUCAUUUAUGUUUGUGAGCUUUAUCUUCAUGGGGACUAUCUUCAUUGGAUUCCUGGCGGCAUUCCCCUUCUAUUUGCUCGUGGAAUCGCCGCUAGCACAACUGAUCAAGCUCUGCCUUCCAGUUGAAAGAGAGAAGACCAAAGAACCAGAAGAAUGGAAACAGGAAACGAUCACAACUUAUAGUUCCAGAGAACAUUUGUAA